AUGCAGCCACCUCCCGCUCGUCUUCUCCUUGAUUGCGCUUUGUCUAACCCCCGCUCUCCUCAGCUGCUCGCUAGUUCGGCCCUACUUCUGCAAGUCCAGGCAGCCCUCAUCCUCCAACCCACCGCCACUCCCGACCAGAAACGUCUCGGGACCCGCAUCCACUACAGCAUUCAACUGCUCAGCAUCCUGUGCUUCCUCGGCGCCUUUGUUGUCAUCGAGCUGAACAAGGGAAGUCAUCCUCACUUCGUUUCGCCGCACGGUAUCCUCGGCCUGAUCACCGUCAUUGCCGUGGUUCUCCAAGCCUCAGUCGGAGUCGUCCAGUUCUUCCUACCCAUUCCUGUUCUCGGCAGUGCCAACGCCGGAAAGCGGAUCUACAAGUAUCAUCGCGGGGCCGGCUAUGUUCUGCUACUGCUGGAGGUUUCGACUGUCCUGGCGGCGACCCAGACGCCGUACAACUUCAAUGUCAUACACAUCCCAACCUGGCCGGUCGUCGUCGCGAUGAUCCUCACCGUGCUGGGUGUGGGUGCCCGGAUUAACACACAUAAAUUGGGACUGGGGGAUACUUGA